UUCUGAGGCCAAUCAGAGGGCGGGGUUUGUCUGUUCCCGGAUCUCUGAUUGGUGCGUUCGACCGGGUUCCUGAGUUCAAAUUUUCAACCGUACCGGUUGGGCUCCGAGGCGGACGGGCAGUGCUGGCUUCUUAGAGUUGGUGCAAGGAUAAGCCGGAAGUCCAUCUGUUGAGCAGAGGGUUACAACCCUGGGAAAGCUAAGUGGGGGCAAUGUCACAAGUUACAACUACUUAUUCUUUUGAUGCCCCCACCAACUUCAUCAACUUUUCAUCUUUGGAUGCUGAAGAAGAUACUGAAAAUGUAGACUCAUGGUUUGAGGAGAAGGCCAACUUGGGGAACAAGUUGCUUGGGAAGAAUGGAAUAGAAGAGCUUUUUCAGGGCAAAACUUCCUUGAGAAAAGCCAAACUCCAGAAAAGCCGAGUUACACCUUUGAAGGCAGUUGACAACACUUACUAUAAUGAGGCAGAAAAGGCAAAUCUUCAGAAACAUUCUGUUCCAUCAGAUGAUUGUUUUGUGAAUGCUGAGGGGGCUGUAUCAGGAAAAACUCCUGUCCAGGCUCAGAGACGAUCCGUCAGACUCUCUGCUAAGAAGGAUUUGGAGCAUAAAUCAAAAAAACAUGCCCUUGUUGAAAUGAAAGCAAAGAGAUGUACCACUCCUUCCAGUGACUUUCCACCUUCCAAAAGAAUAAGAAUGUCUCAUAAAAAGAAACCAGAGGAAGAGGAAGAAGACAGUGUUCGAGGUGCUUCCAGAAAGAAUGAAAGAGAAAGUCUGGAGAAAGUCAAAGGCAAACAUACUGCGCCUGGUGUUCCACCUGCAAGGCAGAAGGUUCUAAAAAGUACUGAAGAGCAGGAGUUGGAGAAGAGACUAAAAAUGCAGCAGGAGGUGGUAGAGAUGCGGAGAAAGAAUGAAGAGUUCAAGAAGCUUGCUCUGGCAGGGCCAGGGCAACCUGUGAAGAAAUCUGUGAACCAAGUCACCAAAACAGUUGACUUUCACUUCCUCACAGAUGAGCGAAUCAAACAACAUCCCAAGAACCAGGAAGAGUAUAAGGAAGUGAAUUUCAUGUCUGAACUUCGAAAGCAUCCUCCAUCUCCUGUAAGUUGCCAGGCCCGAGUGACUAAAGGAUGCACCGUUGUUAAACCUUUCAAUCUGUCCAAAGGAAAGAAAAGAACAUUUGACGAAACAGCUUCUACAUAUGUGCCCAUUGCACAGCAGGUUGAAGCCUUCCACAAACGAACCCCUAAUAGAUAUCAUCUGAGGAACAAGAAGGAAGAGAACUUGUUACCCUCCAGAACUGAGACCAAGAUCUCAAGAGAUCCGAAGACUCCCAUACUGCAAACCAAAUACCGUGCCAGGCUUGUGACCUGCAAAAGUACAGCAGAACAGGAGGCUGAGGAGCUUGAGAAACUCCAGCAAUACAAAUUCAAAGCCCGAGAACUUGAUCCCAGAAUUUUUGAAGGUGGACCCAUCUUGCCCAAGAGACCUCCUGCUAAACCUCCCACUCAGCCUGUUGGUUUUGAUUUGGAAAUUGAGAAACGAAUUCAAGAUCGAGAGUCAAAGAAAAAAUCAGAGGACGAACACUUUGAGUUUCAUUCCAGACCUUGCCCUACUAAGAUCUUGGAAGAUGUUGUGGGCGUUCCUGAAAAGAAGGUAAUUCCAGCCACUGUCCCCAAGUCACCAGUUUUUGCAUUGAAGAACAGGAUCCGAGUGCCCACCAAAGAAGAAGAGGAAGAGGAUAAACCAGUUGUGAUACGAGCUCAACCUGUGCCACAUUAUGGGGUGCCUUAUAAGCCCCAUAUUCCAGAGGCAAGAAACGUGGAAGUGUGCCCUUUCUCCUUUGAUACCCGGGACAAAGAGCGCCAGUUGCAGAAGGAGAAGAAAAUAAAAGAAAUGCAGAAAGGGGAGGUGCCCAAGUUCAAGGCACUUCCUCUGCCCCAGUUUGACACCAUUAACUUGCCAGAGAAAAAGGUAAAGAGUGUGACUCAAGCUGAGCCCUUCUCUCUGGAGACAGACAAAAGAGGUGCCUUUAAAGCUGAGGUGUGGAAGCUUCAGCUGGAGGAAGAGCUGAAACAGCAGAAGGAGGCAGCUUGCUUCAAGGCUCGUCCAAACACUGUCAUCUUCCAGGAGCCCUUUGUUCCCAAGAAGAAGAAACCAGUUGCUGAGAACCUGUCUGGUUCUCUAGUUCAGGAGGAGCCCUUUCAACUGGCCACCGAGAGGAGAGCCAAGGAACGGCAGGAGCUGGAAAAGAGAAUGGCUGAAGAAGAAGCCAGGAAAAUGCAGCAGCUGGAGGAAGUCAGACAACAAGAAGAGGAGCAGAAAAAGGAGGAGCUAGUCAAGCUCCGGAAGGAACUGGUACAUAAGGCGAAUCCAAUCCGCAAGUAUGCAGCUGUGGAGGUGAAGUCCAGUGAGCUGCCAUUGACUGUGCCCGUGUCUCCUAAGUUCUCCACCAGAUUCCAGUAGGAGCGCUUUACGUCACAUCAGGCACGGAGAGAGCCCUUUCUCAGACUCACCCUCCUGGGUGUGGCAGUGGACCCCACAACUGUGGAUGCUGGUUUUCUUGAAGAUCACUUUACACAAUUCUGAAGCUAAUGAGAAGAAACUCAUUUAGGCUUUAUUCAGACUUCUUGUAGUUAUCUCCUUCCAGCAUCAGUUGGUCCUUUACUAUUGAUUUUAGCUAUGGCUAGAAUUUCAAGUGUUUUUUUGGCACAGUCUAAUUAUUUUCUCCUAAUCUCCCCCUACUCCCCUUUUAUAUGUAUAUUUUAAGCAUAAAAUAAAGGCAGUUAAAUCGUG